AUGUAUACGAGUCAACCGGCUGUGGUGUACAGCCCGCAAGCGCCGCCGGCGCCAGCACAAGCCUAUUCUUCGAUGCCAGCCUACCCUGCAGGAUACAUGCCUGGUGUGCCUGGAAUGCCCCUGGGGCAAAAUGGCUUUUCUUCGCAGGUCAUGUCUCCCAAUGGCAGGCCGGUUGAGGACAUGUUUUUGUUCGUGAACCCUGGCUCCGGAAGCAACAAGGGCAAGGUCUUUUUGGAAGCGCCCAAGCCUUUGGUGGUGGAGGUGGAAGGUAACAAGAAGGUGCAGCUACAUGUCUUCAGCAUGUUAGAGGGCGAGUCAGGUAACAAGCCCGGUUUCAAAAAGUUGAAGGAGACGAUCCUCCUCCGCGGUGGCAGCCCCGUGCGCGCCGUGGUGGGCGGCGGCGACGGCACCGUGAUGUGGGCCGACUCGGAGGCGCAAAAGCAUGGCAUUGACACUCCGAAGCAAGUGGCGUGGGGUAUCGUGCCCUUGGGCACCGGCAACGACUUUUCCCGAGUUGCCGGUUGGGGUGGAGACAAUCCUGAGGGCGUCAGCGACAACAACUUCGCGCUACUGAAGGACCUGGUGAAACAGUGGUCUGUGGCAAAAAUCCGACAUCACGACGUCUGGGAGGUGUCCGUGAAUUUGGAUGAAUCUCAGGGUAAGUUGUUGAAGAUGGGAAAGACGCAGGUGGAGGAGGAUUUGCAUGUGACCAGCAAGACCUUCCACAUGGUGAAUUACUUUUCCAUUGGUCAAGAGUCACAGGUCGGAAUGCACUUUGACAAACAUCGAACCAAGAGCCAGACCUGCAACCUCUUUGUUUACGGUGCAGCUGGCUGCUUGCAAGAGUUGAGGUGUUGGGGCGUGCAACAUAUUGGCAACAUCGUGGCGAACUUGUAUCACGGUAGAGACAAGAAUGGGUCGUUGAUUAUGGAUAGCGAGGGCGACUUAGGAGAGCCACAGCUCAUUGGCAAUCCAGAGAGCUUGAUGUUUCUGAACAUCAGUUCCUAUGCCGGUGGCAAGGCACAUUUGUGGCAGCUGGAAUGCGACAUCGGAGUGGAUCCUCCACCAGCCACCGAUUCCGUGAACGUGACCCAGGCCAUGGGACGGUACAACCUUGCCAAGUUCCCACGAUAUCCAAACUGA